CACUGUUAAAAAUGAAGUGAUUAAAUUAAUCUUGUCCAGUGGUACCGCGCAUGUCAAGAAGUGAAGUCCAACGUAAUAAAUAGACAGGAAAGUAUCCAUGCUGAGCCAAUGUAUGACCACUGGUAGUCAUCCAUUUCCCACUUGUUUGUGACUACAACGUCAAGGUCAUUUUUGCAUUGCGAGUAGGCGGGAUGUCCACUGCUCAAGUCCAACAAGUAUCAAAGGUCGUCUUAGGCGACCCUUCAGAGUUCCGCCCCGAGCACAGAGAUCCCGAUGCUUUCAGGGAUUUCCGGGUUCACAAUGUUGCGGACAGAGUCAUCAAGACCUAUGACUUAAUGCACACCAACCAAACCGUGGAGUUUGUUCGAGACAGGAUGGAUUACUGGAUGAAAUUUAACCACGGGGAAAUGACAGUGAUGGAAAUAUUGGAGAAACUCAACGAACUGGUGGAUGAAAGUGACCCAGACAUUGAUGUGCCAAAUUCCUACCACGCCUAUCAAACAGCAGAAGGCAUUAGACAGUAUCACCCUGACAAACCUUGGUUUCAACUAACAGGUCUGCUUCAUGAUAUUGGGAAAAUAAUGCACCUGUGGGGGGAGCCUCAGUGGGCGACUGUUGGAGAUACGUUUGUGGUUGGAUGCGCCCCUGAACCUAGUAUUGUUUUUGGGGUUGAAAGUUUCAGUAAAAACCCAGACCUUCAAAAUCCAAAGUACAAGACAAAGUUUGGGAUGUAUUCACCGAACUGUGGACUUGACAAUGUCAUGAUGUCCUGGGGACACGAUGAAUAUCUUUAUAGAGUCUUACUAGCCAACAACCAUUCUCUCCCCGAGGAAGCUCUGUACAUGAUCAGGUUCCAUUCCUUCUACCCUUACCACUCGUGUGGAGCCUACAAGCACCUGACCAAUCAGAAAGACGAGGACAUGUUUCCUUGGAUAAAAGAAUUUAACAAAUUUGAUCUCUACACCAAGACUGAAGAACUACCCAAUGUUGACAGUCUAAAACCAUACUACCAAAGUUUAAUAGAUCAAUACUUGCCUGGUAAAAUAAAAUGGUGAUCGUCUAACAGAUAGACAUCUUCGUGAAAACAAACAAAAAAAAUUCUGCCUCAGAAAUAUUAAUGCAGCUUUUUUUUGUUCAAACUCAACAAUCACAUAUUUGUGUUCCUUAAUUGUUCGAGAAUAUUCCAUAACUACAAGGCAAUGACUUCGAUUCCGAAGAUUAAUGAUGAGUGCUGUGUUUCACAGGACUACGCAAACUUAGUUAUCACAAAUGUUGUCCAUUGUUAACAAUAAUAAUAAAAAGGUUAGCACAAUA